CACACUCCCUCAACAACCUCACUCUUCCCCAUUCCUCUAUAAAACCCCCCCAAACCUCACUCCAUUCCUCAACAAACACACCAAACCAAAAACAUUUCCCAUAAAAUCCCCAAUUUACCCUCUGUAACCGUCAUCAUCAUGGAUCUAAUCUUCCUCGAGAAGGCACUCACCGCGCUAUUCGUAGCCGCGGUUAUCGCCAUCGCCGCCGCCAAGCUCCGCGGCAAGCGCUUCAAACUCCCGCCAGGUCCCCUCCCGGUGCCGAUCUUCGGGAACUGGCUCCAAGUCGGCGACGACCUCAACCACCGCAACCUCACCGACCUCGCGAAGAAAUUCGGCGACAUUUUCCUCCUCCGAAUGGGGCAGCGCAACCUCGUGGUAGUCUCCUCACCGGAGCUAGCCAAGGAGGUGCUCCACACGCAGGGAGUGGAAUUCGGCUCGCGCACUCGCAACGUCGUGUUCGACAUCUUCACCGGCGAGGGACAGGACAUGGUGUUCACUGUCUACGGCGAGCAUUGGCGGAAGAUGCGGCGGAUCAUGACGGUGCCGUUUUUCACUAACAAGGUGGUGCAGCAGUACCGUUACGGGUGGGAGGACGAGGCGGCGCACGUCGUGGAGGAUGUGCGUCGGAACCCUGACGCCGCCGUGAACGGCGUCGUUUUGAGGCGGAGGUUGCAGUUGAUGAUGUACAAUAACAUGUACAGGAUUAUGUUUGAUAGAAGGUUUGAGAGUGAGGAGGACCCGUUGUUUCAGAAGUUGAAGGCGUUGAAUGGUGAGAGGAGUCGUUUGGCUCAGAGCUUUGAUUAUAACUAUGGCGAUUUCAUCCCUAUCUUGAGACCCUUCUUGCGUGGUUACUUGAAAAUCUGUAAGGAGGUUAAGGAUCGAAGGUUGCAACUCUUCAAGGACUAUUUCGUUGAAGACAGAAAGAGUAUUGGAAGCACUAAGAGAAUGGAUAAUGAAGGACUCAAGUGUGCUAUCGAUCACAUUUUGGAUGCCCAGAGAAAGGGGGAGAUUAAUGAGGACAAUGUUCUUUACAUUGUUGAGAACAUUAACGUUGCAGCAAUUGAGACAACUCUAUGGUCAAUUGAAUGGGGCAUUGCUGAGCUUGUGAACCACCCAGAGAUCCAGAACAAGGUUAGAGAUGAAAUUGACAGAGUUCUUGGACCAGGACACCAGGUCACAGAGCCAGACACCCACAAGCUCCCAUACCUAGAGGCUGUGAUCAAGGAAACUCUUCGCCUCCGAAUGGCGAUUCCCCUCCUCGUCCCACACAUGAACCUCCACGACGCGAAGCUCGGUGGCUUCGACAUCCCUGCAGAGAGCAAGAUCCUUGUGAAUGCAUGGUGGCUCGCCAACAACCCUGCUCAUUGGAAGAACCCUGAAGAGUUCAGGCCUGAGAGGUUCUUGGAGGAGGAGUCCAAAGUGGAGGCUAAUGGGAAUGACUUCAGGUACCUUCCGUUCGGUGUUGGGAGGAGGAGCUGCCCUGGAAUCAUCCUUGCUUUGCCUCUGCUUGGCAUCACUUUGGGGCGUUUGGUGCAGAAUUUUGAGCUCUUGCCGCCUCCCGGACAGUCCAAGCUUGAUACUACAGAGAAAGGAGGGCAGUUUAGUUUGCACAUACUGAAACAUUCAACUAUUGUUGCAAAACCAAGAUCAUUUUAAGUGUUAGGAUUUCAGAUCAGAUGAAUCAACCCCCUAAUUCUUUUAGUGUAUUAUCAAUGCUGAAGUGUUUGGAAAUGGGGAUAUAUAGUGUUAAAAUAUCAGUAUGGGUGCAUUAUUCUGUGCACGCCUCCCUGUAAAUCUCUAAACUUGCAAUGAUGGUUUUGAGAACAUUUUGAAAUAAAAUCUUCACUUCCAAUUGUAUGGUAA